GAUUUCAACGUGUGUUAUACCCAAGAAAAUGAAGCAUUUGGUCACUCAAUUGCUGAACGUUGCAAAGAUGUUGCUGGGGAAAUGGCAGCUCCCAUGGUUGGGCACUUUGCUGUUGCUGGUCCUUGUACGUUGCCAAAAGCUGCCCAGCGCCGCACCGAAACUUAGUCCCAGAGCCGCGCCCAUACGUGCCGUUGGCGAUGCCAUUGCCGAGCUGGAGAUCGGUCCUCAUGGUAAUCCCAGUUCGCUGCUGAAAAUCUUCAAUCCCGAUGCACAGCGUGUCAGGACGCCACUGUCCCCUGCCAUCACCCUGGAGCUAAAGGGCAUGCGACUGCUCCUGCGCAGCAAUGCCGCAGCGGCGGCUGUUAAGAAAGUUGCCAUGAAUGACUCAUGA